AUCAUUUUACACUUUCUCCACCAACGAUCAGUUUGACAACUUCACACAACGAGACUCAAGAUGCGCCCUCUUACAGAGGCAGAGCUGAAGACUCUGCUGGAGAAGCUGGCCACAUAUUGUGGUAAAGGCAUUCAAAGCCUCAUUGCCGAUGGCACCGCAGACCGCCAUGUAUUCCGCAUCCAGAAAGAUCGGGUCUACUAUGUGCGAGAAUCUCUAGCAAACCUUGCCACGUCUGUCAAACGCGAAUCCUUGCUCUCACUCGGCACAUGCUUGGGCAAGUUCACCAAGACUGGCAAAUUCCGGCUGCACAUCACCUCGCUAUCCGUAAUAGCGCCCCAUGCGCGGUAUAAGGUCUGGGUCAAGCCUAACGGCGAGAUGCCUUUUUUGUAUGGCGGAAAUGUGCUGAAGGCGCACGUUGGACGUUGGAGUGAGGAUUGCCCUGCACAUCAAGGUGUGAUUGUGCUGAGCAUGAAUGACACGCCUCUGGGAUUCGGUGUCUCCGCAAAAUCCACGGCUGAAGCACGACGAUUAGAUCCUACCGGCGUAGUCACGUUCAGGCAGGCAGAUAUUGGAGAAUAUCUGAGAGAAGAAGAUACUCUGUUCGUUACGUGAUCGAAUUACUUCGGGGUUAUGGUAGAUAUACACUAGGAGGCACCACGCGUGCUUUGCACGACGUCCGCUUGCGCUGUAUGAACACAGCUCCAACACUGCACAGCUAACCACGAGCUGUUCACCGGAGUAGUCAAUCUCAGACGGGACUUAUUAUACUAUCUAGGAGCGAGAAGGAAAGAACGGCGUUAUGCUUCACGGAAAGGAGGGAAUACCCAGGGCAAAUUUGUAUACACCGAAUCAAACGAAGUAUUACAU